AAGGGCCGUUUUCCGUGUCAAACUGCAUUCUGGCACCUUGUCCUCCCGCACCAUUGGCAGCUCAAUAUUUAAUGCCUGGAGCUUCUAGCUCGGCAGGAGACAUGUCAGGGGACCUCUCGAGCCAAUCUGCUUGGACUGAGGAGUGAUCAUUAUUCAUGGGCUCCUGCCUCUGGCUCCUUCUUUUGCACAGCCCCACUCUGCUGACUCAGUGCCUUAGUCGUCUCUCGCUCGCGCUCUCUCAUUCCCCUUCUCCACUGCUGUGGCUGGACCUCUUUGCCUUCGCAACCUCCGCGCAUCUGUGUCCUCUCCACCAUGGCUAAAACUGCAAUGGCCUACAAGGAAAAGAUGAAGGAGCUGUCCAUGCUGUCUUUGAUCUGCUCCUGUUUUUAUCCUGAGCCUCGCAAUAUUAAUAUAUAUACAUAUGAUGAUAUGGAAAUUAAACAUAUCAACAAACGUGCCUCUGGCCAAGCUUUUGAACUGAUCUUAAAGCCACCUUCUCCAGUUUCGGAAGCACCACGAACUUUAGCCUCUCCAAAGAAGAAGGAUUUGUCCCUUGAGGAGAUCCAGAAGAAACUGGAAGCUGCAGAGGAGAGGAGAAAGUCCCAGGAGGCCCAGGUGUUGAAACAACUGGCAGAAAAGAGAGAACAUGAACGAGAAGUCCUUCAGAAGGCUUUGGAGGAGAACAAUAACUUCAGCAAAAUGGCAGAGGAAAAACUGAUACUGAAAAUGGAACAGAUCAAAGAAAACCGUGAAGCUAACCUAGCUGCUCUUAUUGAACGCCUCCAGGAGAAGGAGAGGCAUGCUGCAGAGGUCCGCAGAAACAAGGAGCUCCAGGUGGAACUGUCUGGCUGAGCCCAGCAGCGGAAAGGGUGGGAUGAGGCCCCGUUGCUCUCCCCAACUCCCUUGCCUAUAUUAUUACAGAUCAUGAGAUAUUAGUAUGGGAAGUGUAUGACAUGGUUUAAAAAAAAGAAAUCAAGAACUCAAUAAAAACAAAACAAAAACAUUACAACAAUGCAGUCUUUGCAGAAUGAUUUGCUUGAUGUUUAAAAAAUAAAACUUGGAUCUUAUUUUGUAAAUACUUACAUUUUUGUUAAAAAAUACAAGUAUUGCAUUAUGCAAGUUAUUUCAUAAUCUUUACAUGUCCUGUAACAGGCUUUUGAUGUUGUCUACUUCCAUUCAGUUGAAUUUGUUAGAACUUUGCUAUGAAGUUCCCUGCAGCAAAAUCUAUGCCGAACUAUACUCAUUCCAACUGAACAACUGAGUCGGUAGAAGGUCUAUGGUGCUAGACUCCAGUCAUUGCCUAAUUACCUAAAAGCUUUGUAAUCAAUACACUUCCUUAAGGUAAUAAGCAAAUUUCAGGCUCAACAGCAGUCCUGAAAAUAUAGCCUUAGAAUAUUAAGCAGUUGCACGACAACUUUGGUUGUAUACCAAAAAUUUGGAUUGCAUUACACAUAGAAUAUGUGACUAUGUGAAGUAAACUUCCCUGAGUUCAACAGAACAUAAUCCCAAGUAAAUAUGUAUAAAGUCGCAAGUUCAAGACAGCAGACCCAAAUAUACUUACAAGGGAAUAUGUCCUGUUGAAUGCAAAAGGACUUACUUCUGAGUAAACAUGUCUCUCUUUGCACUGUAAAUUGGCUUUCAUGGCAAGCAUUUUCACCCACCUUCAAAAGAAAAAUUGCUUCUCCACAUUGAGGAGGCAAAUAGAAGCAAUUUUGCACUUUAGCUAGCUAUUAGAUGCAGCUGAGAAUUAUCAAUUAUAUCGGGGCCAAAUUGCUUUUUUCUUUUCUUGUUAAGGAUGGAUUCCAAAAUGAAUCCAAGUUGCCAACUUCCAAGUCACUGUUAGAGAAAUGCAUUAAUUGGAGUCAAGGGGCUUGUAGGUAUAGAUGCUGUGACUGACUUGUUCUAUUUAUUUUAGGCCAUAGUUCUGUCCAUGGUUGCUGAAAUCAGUGGGGGCCAAGAGGUGGAUCUUUGCGGGCAGGAUUCCAGCCUUAAGCUACUCUGUUUCAUUAUAAUACAAGAUGCUCUGUAUGAUAUUUUUCAUCUGGACUUAGUGAGCUGAGUGUGAUCCUGCUGACCUCAGCUCUGUGGCAUUAGUCUGUCCUGCCUAGGUUGUAAAAAGAUAGGUGAAGUAACAAGGGCUGAAGCAGCAGGGGGGGGGGAUUGGUCAGGGAGCUUGUGCCAAGUCCAGUCUUACCAGAUCAACACUUCACAUUCUUCCCAAAAAGAUGUUCUGAAAUUGCUGCCUGCAUAUUCUACAUUAGUGCUACUUUUCCUGUAUGUCAUUGUGAGCAAGCUGUGAUUAAUAAAGAAUUGGGGUUCUGUGAACUGAAAAA